UCUCUCUCGCGCGCGCACACACACUUUUCUCACUCGCACUACUUUUCGUUUUUCUUUUCAACUGUUAGUUACCAUUUUAGUUCUGGCGGGAACCCUUUCUUUUUAUGCUAUCGCCGAUUUCUUUAUUUUUUUUCAAUUUUCCGUUCCGAUUUUUCUCAUUAAUGUACUUAACCGAAUUCAUCUUCUUCGUCGAUUGUUUAUUUCACGCCGGAGAAUCGUCUACGCGGCGGCGGUUGCAUAUUUCGUUACUCGGUUUUUUUACGCGUUACAAGAUCUUCAAUAGGGUUACAUUUUAGGGUUUGCUUUUGUUCUACUGUAUUAGGGUUUUGUCUUGUUACACUGUGAUGAUGGAGUUUUCGUUUUCAAUGUAGUGCGCAUUUAUUGAAAAAUAAUGAAUCGAUUGUAUUUUUAAUUGUGAUUUUUCCGUUUUUGUUUUUUGUUUUUCGGUGUUUGAUAAAGUAUUGAGGUUUUUUUUUUGUAUGAAUGAACAUUGGGUUGCAAUUUUAGGUUAGUGCAUUGGGUUUUGAAUUGGUUUUUCAUGAUGGUGUUAUUCAGUAUUGUUGCAAAUGAUCUUUGUGUUUGGCGGUUACUUUUCGAUGUUUGUUUCUGGGGAAAAAUUUAGGGUUCUUGCUUCAGAGACACUUAGCUUUCAAUUGCGAUGCGAUUCAAAACGUGUUUCAGCUAGUGAGAUUGUAUCUGAUUAAUUUUUAGUUAAACUAGAUUUUCAUUUUCUUUUGGCUAACUUAAGGUGAUUUUUAAAGGUGAGCCAAUAGAAAACAAUAGGGACUAUUUUUCUUUGAGUUGAAAUUUAUAUAUGUUAUGAUUUUCAUAGAAUAACUCAGUUGGUUGAAGUUAAUUUCAGUGCUGAGGGUGCAUGUUUCUAUCUGACAGUAACUGAGAUUCUUUCUCAAUGCCUCUUUUAAGGAGGAAGCCUUUUCCCUUGACUGAGCCUCCCCAGGAUUUGAAGCCGGACGAGCAUGUUUACCAAGUUCGAUUUACAAAAGAAAUAUUUCGAGAUUAUCAAGAUUACUUGAACCGUUUGAAUCUAUACCGUCAGAGGGUUUGGGCAUGUAAGGCCACUGGAAAAACUGGCUUGACAUAUGAAGAGGCUUUGGUGUCAGAACAACGAGCUACUGAGAAGUUCCUACAGUUUCCUAAAGAAUUUACAACUCCUGCUUUAAGGAUCAUUCAGUACAGUAUGCUCCCUUUGAAGGAGCUCGCCGAUUCUAUUGCUGAAAAAUUGCAUGAGCGUUUGUUUGCUGGUGCCGAAUUGUAUGCGAAAAAAGAUGAUGGUGUAUGUCCAUGCAAAAUAUUGAAGGUCAUCCAGGAAGGAGUCGACAGAUACCGUUAUGAGGUAGCUUGGCUUGAUAAAAACAAGAAUAUAAGUGAAAAAACAGAAGUCAAUGCGGAAGAUUUGGUGCAAAAGAAGCCGCUUUUUAGUAGAAAUAUUCUGAAGUCUUUUAUCCGAGAAUCUACAUAUCGAAAUGCCCCUUGGGUUUUACAUGACAAACUGGCACAAAAGCACGGUAUCUCAACUGAUGUUCCUGCGGAGUUAAGAGGAAAGGUUUUUCUCAAAAACGGACUUAUAAUUUGCUCCAAGAAAAGGAAUAAUGAGGAAUCAAUGGAAGAAGCUGAUAAACAUAAAAGGAAGAAGUUGGACGGGACACUAGUGAAAUGUUCUUCUCAAGAAAAUGGAGAAUACAAGGAUAUACCGGUCAAAUACCCCAUUGAUGAUCUAUUGGUGAAGCCUGGUCCAGACGACCCUGUGUUCACUGAUCGUCCUUCUCCAUCAAGAGACUUCAAUGUUCCAAUGCACUGUGUAGGGGAUCUCUUAAUGGUUUGGGAUUUUUGUACUUCUUUUGGUAAACAGUUAAACUUGUCACCCUACUCUUUGGAAGAUUUUGAAAAUGCAAUCUGCAAUAAGGAUAGCAAUGUGCUCCUUGUGGAAUCUCAUGCUGCACUUUUUCGAGUUCUUAUCGAUGAUGAUGGUGAAUACACUUCAGCUAUAGAGAAUCGAAAGUUGCAUAAGAUUACAAUGGUUAAUUGGAACAAAUAUUUAUGCGAUUUUCUGGAAAUGAUCAAUAUUCCUCAAUUACGGAACUAUGAAGCAACCAUAAGACGGGGACAUUAUGGCCUUGUAGAUGCCAAUGCUAAAUUAGAAAUCUUACGUGAGUUGGUCAAUCAAGUUCUUGAAACUGCAAUUUUCAGGGAAAAGUUGGAUGUGUUGAUUGAACAGCGGCAGGAACUUGGCGCUGCUAAACGGGAAGAAGCACUAGAAGACGGGAGGAAGAGAAGAGAAAAAAGAGAGAGGUUGAAAGGGGGCUCGGAAAGCAAUGGAAAUCAAAUCAACAAUACAAAUAUCGCAGAAACCAAUGACCACAAUGUACCUAAUGGACAUGGAGAAAUAGAGUCAAGUCAAGACAAUUCAGAUAGAAGCGGGAUUAAGCAUUCAAGUCAUGCUUCAAAAAAGACUCUUAAAAACCUGGAUUCAGAGCUGAAAGAACCAGCUGAAAACGGAAAAGAAUUAUCCCAUAAGGAAUCAAAGAAACGGUCGCAACAGAGGAGAGAAUACUUUGAACGGGAGAUAGAGAAACGAAUUAUUAAUAGAAGCCCAUUAGGUAAAGACCGAGAUUACAAUAGGUAUUGGUGGUUCCGUCGCGAUGGGAGGAUAUUUGUUGAAAGCUGUGAGUCCAAGGAGUGGGGAUACUACAGUAGCAAGGAAGAGCUUGAUGCAUUGAUGGGAUCACUGAAUUGCAAGGGUGAGCGGGAAAGGGCACUGAAAAACCACCUGGAAAAAAAUUAUAGUAGUAUAUGCUCAGAACUGCAGAAGAGAUCAAAGGAUUUGGUGCAGAAUAUUGCAAAUGACGAGUCUGCACUUCGAAGGUCUACUCGUGUUCGAGCUCCACCCAGGGAAAAUCCCGCCAAUGCUUUCCUCAAAUAUGUUAACAAGUGGAAAGAAGAAUAGCAAUGCCACCUUGGAAUUUUUGAGGGACCAAAUUGGUUCAUAGCGUAGAGAGUAAUGUGGUUUUUGGAUUCAUUUUUGGAUGAUGGACAAGGACAAGCAUGUUUAUGCUUGUAUCUUAAAUUUUGUAUAUGACUUGCACUAUUCUUCAAUAAUUGUAGAAACUGUUACAAAUACUCCCUUUUUAUUGAUAAAAAUGUUUUCUAGGUAGGAUAAA